AUGCAGACCUCAUUACCACCACUAGACGCCGCAUGGGAUCCAACCUUAGAGACCGACGACGGCGACGAGUACUGCUGGACGCCGUUACAGCUCGCCGCGAGAGGCGGCGAAGUGGAAAAGAUCAGAAGAAUCCUUGCUGCUGACCCGGCUGCCAUCAACGAGCCAUCGCGCGGUUACUAUGGCCAGACUGCCAUCCAAGCUGCAUGCAUGCACGGCCACCUACACGCCGUGCAGAUGCUCGUUGACGCCGGCGCGGAUAUCCAUUUCUGCGGUGGCAACAAUUUCCAGCGGAAUGCGCUGCAGAUCGCCUGCGGCCAGGGAAGCGAGGAGAUUGUUGAAGUCCUGCUGAGGGCGGGGGCAAAGGUCAACGAGGUGUCAUCAGCACCAGAAACUCACAUGAGAGUGUCGCAUGCUUCGUCAGUGGCUGUGGCGCGGUACAACGGAAGAACGGCUCUGCAGGCUGCAUCGGAGCGAGGGCAUAUGGACCUGGUCCGACGACUGCUGGAGCUGGGCGCUGAUGUACACGCUCCGCCGUCACCAACGGCAGGUUAUACUGCACUACAAGCGGCAGCCGGCGGCGGCUACGUUGCAAUAGUGAAGCUUCUCCUCGAGCACGGGGCUGACAUCAAUGGUGCUUCCGCGAAGUGCAAAGGCUACACUGCUCUUCAGGGAGCUUGCCUGGGAGGUCACCUUGAGAUUGUCGACCUCUUUCUUCAGAAAGGCGCUGAUGUUCACGCGUUGGGCGGGACCUACGGAGACGGAAUGGCUCUACAUGCCGCUGCUGAAAAGGGCCAUGUAGAUGUUAUUAUGCGUCUACUGGCAGCUGGUGCUGAUGUGAAUGCUUGUAGUCUCAGGAGAGGCAGACGGCAGACUGCGCUUCAAAGCGCCGCGGUCGGAGGUCAUGACAAAGCAAUACAACUUCUCAGAGACAAUGGUGCUAUGGGAAGGACUGGAGGGGGAAGAUUCUUAUUUUCCUGA